AUGUCGGUGAAUACUGACCCUUUUCCUCCAGGAGUUCGUGUUGAAUUGACCACGCGCCUGGGGCAAAAGUUCGACGGAGAUGUCAUCUGCUUCGAUCAAAACCAACAGCUCCUUCUGAUUAGCUCUCAAAUCGAACAAGACUCAAAACUUUGCAAUAUCCAUUUAGUCAACUUAAAACAUGUAAGCGAUGUUAAAUACAAAGAAGAGCAGCCCGGAGCGAAAAAGACAGAUUUCUUCAACCAGAAGUUAAACAGUGCCAAGCUGGAGCUGAGACGGCGCAGGAAUGUGGAGGACAAAAGAAACGAGGCUUACGCUUACAGUGAAGAAAUUGACCCUGUUGGACGGGAGCUCUACUCGCUAAUCAAGAAGCAACUGCCAGACGGACUCCGCUGGGUGAACAAGGACAUCGAGGUUCAAGGAGUGCGAAUAUCUCCGCCCUACGAGGAGAAAUCCUGCGUCAUCACCAAUGGAAGCCAGCAAGCCCUAAACCAUAUUCGAAACAUCAUCAAAUACUAUCACUCGAACCAGCGUCAGUAG